GGGGUGGAACUGCAGGCGGCGCAGUUCAGUGGGGCGGGUGCUAGGUGGGUUGGGACCUAGCGGGGUGCGGAUCGCUGCUGGGGUCUGCAGGUCCCAGAGCCCCCGAGGGAGCAGGCUCCAGCGGAGAGUGUCUGCCUCGGUUUACCCCCUGAUUCAUUUUACCCCGCAGCGUGACCAGCGAGCGCAUCGGCCUCAGCCAACUCCCGGCAGCGCCCCAGGCCGUUCUGCCCCGCGAGGGAAACGGAGCCGUUGACCAUGGUUGCAACUGGCAGUUUGAGCAGUAAGAACCCGGGCAGCAUUUCAGAGUUGCUGGACCAUGGCUUCUACCCGGGGAGCCUGAUAAACGAUUUUGACUACUGGGAUUAUGUUGUUCCUGAACCCAACCUCAAUGAGGUAAUAUUUGAGGAGACGACUUGCCAGAGUUUGGUCAAAAUGCUGGAGAACUGUCUGUCCAAAUCCAAGCAAACCAAACUGGGUUGCUCCAAAGUCCUUGUCCCUGAGAAACUGACGCAGAGAAUCGCUCAGGACGUCCUGCGCCUCGCCUCCACCGAGCCCUGCGGCCUGCGAGGGUGUGUCCUGCACAUCAACGUGGAGGUGGGCAAUGUAUGUACAAAGCUGGAUCGGAUUGUGUGUGACUCCACUGUGGUGCCCACCUUUGAGCUUACACUCGUGUUUAAGCAGGAGAACUGCUCAUGGACCAGCUUCAGGGACUUUUUCUUUAGUCGUGGUCGCUUCUCAUCCAGCCUCAGACGAACUCUGAUCCUGAGCUCAGGAUUUCGACUUGUUAAGAAAAAGCUUUACUCCUUGAUUGGAACGACAGUCAUUGAAGAGUGCUAAGAGGGAAACAUUUUACUAGUAAAAGGUCCUUUUUAUGAUUGGGUAAUAAAACUGCAGCUGCUCAGUUACAGUCAUUGUAGUUUGCCCUGCCUGCUUUCAAGGAAAAACCCCCAAUCAAGUUCUUCUGCAUUUCAUAGUCACAGCAAGCCCAACUAAAGGGAUUAUUCUGUGGCUUUUGAGAAAUGACCCCCAUGUCUGCAUUAUAUCACUUUUUUUUUUUAACAAAAUGGAAUGGCAUGGAAUACGGAAGGAAAAGGAGCAAUCCACUUUAGCUUUGUAUUUGACUACACAAAGUUUUCCAUGUAGUCUUGCUGAUAGACCAUUAAACCAACUUUGUUUAGUUUGA